UCUCUCUCUCUCUCUCUCUCUCUCUAAUGCAGCCCUUCUCCAGUUUAGAGCUCCAUGAAAUAUCAGGAGUGACACCAGUGAGCCGCUGUGAGAACGCAGGAGUUACCGGCUCUCCGCGUUAAAGCGAACCGUUAGACGGACAGGAUGCGCGCGCACUCGACAGCGCUCGGGGUCCUGUGCGGUUUGACAGUUUGGGUCGCGAGCUGCAGCGGAGCGCGCGUGGUGAGCGGUCAGACUGUGUGUCAUGGCGGCCCUGAGAAGCCAUGCUAUAAAAUCGCAUACUUCAGCGAUGUAUCGAGCCGCGUGGCCUUCUGGGAAGCUAAGCAAGUGUGUGAGGUGGACGGUGGGUCACUCCUGAGUGUGGAGAACGUCUCUGAACAACGGCACAUUGAGCACCUUCUGCAGAAUCUCAGUAGGUCCAGCUCAGGCCCGGGUAUUGCCGAUGGAGAUUUCUGGAUCGGUCUGACUCGUGUGGACAGGGAGAGUCCAGGGGAAUACGCCAGCUAUACUUCCUGUCCAGAUCUGUACAAAUGGACAGAUGAAAGUGUAUCUCAGUACAGGAACUGGUACUUCGAUGAGCCGUCCUGUGGAGGGGAGGCAUGUGUAGUGAUGUACCACCAGCCCACCGCUCAGAUUGGUCUAGGAGGACCGUAUCUUUAUCAGUGGAACGACGACAGGUGCAACAUGAAGCACAAUUUCAUCUGCAAGUACGAGCCAGAGAGCCACCUGGUGAAGGAGCACGGAGACAGACCAGUGAAUCGUGACACAGAUCUCUCACCAGAACAUGAAGAAGAGACGAAAACACCUGACGUUUUUGAAGAGAAAGGUCUUUAUGUCACAGUGGCAGGACACUCAAGUAUGCUGCUGAUUUAUGUCAUCAUCCCAACCAUUCCUUUGCUCCUGCUCAUUCUCGUGGCCUCUGGGACGUGCUGCUUCCAGAUGCUAAGCAAGAGAAAACCGCAGACGAAAACGAGAGUGGAUCAGUCGACACUCUGGAUCUCCAAGACGCCAAAAUCCGACAGCGCAAUGGAGGUGUAAAAGAAACUACUUUACUCUUUUACAGUUUACACAAAUGAUACAUGGUCUCCACACUCGUACGUGGUCUUCUAACGAAAAACCUCAGUCUUAACAUCGUGAUCCACUUGACUCCUGUGAUAUUUUUGCUGCUGUGUCCUGAAAUGAAUCUCUCUAAUUAUUUCAUUAAUCUAGGUUUCCUUUUCACCUAACAAUCUGUAAUCACGCCUUCACGGUUCACGCGUAUCCUCUUUCCUUCUGCUCUGCGUUUCCUUCCCUCCCUCAGAGAGAGCCAUCAGAGAGCGCAGAAGGAAAUCUUCAGCUAAUUGGCAGCAAACACAGAGAGCAAUUCAAUUACUGUAAUUAAGACGGGUGAAAGCCGUUACAGGAUCCACGUAAGGAGAUUAGUUUAAAGUGGCAGCUGAAAUGAAAUGAAGAGUCGAGCCAGUUUGAAAAUUCCUCCAUGCCAGGAAAAAAAAAAGGCGAGGUUAACAAUGCUUAUAUAAUAGCAUCAGAGCUUUUAUUUUUACAUUUUAUAAUCCCAGGGAACUUGUUAGCAUCAAAUAUUAAGUCCUAAGUUUAACUUUUCACAAUUUUCACAUUAAAUUAUUUCCCUUUCAACAUUAAGCAUUAGUGAUUAACUGUAGUAUAAAGAGAGAAACACAAACUCGACGGUGUGCUGUUACAGGAAAAUAAUCAACUGAAAUGUUGUCUAAUGGCGCCCAAUGCUUAUUGGAGCUACAGUACAUCGUAAUUAGUAAUAGUUAUAUGGCAAAUAUUCCCUUAUUAAAUAAUGU